CAUACUUCGUCCAAGUUCAACAGACAAUAUCCUCCAAACCAAUAUCUUCCGGGCGUGAUCAUUCGGUAUUCGAAGAUGGCAUAUGAUACAGACGCCGCGCGCUGGCGAGCACUUACAAUUCGCGACGCCAAUGCGAACAACCAGUUCGUCUAUUCAGUCAAAUCGACACGAUGUUAUUGCAGACCGACAUGUCCAGCGCGCCUAGCACGUCGUGCCAACGUCGGAUUCUUCAAGACUCCGGCAGAGGCUGAGGCCGCGGGGUUCCGUGCUUGUAAGAGGUGCAAGCCAAACAAGUUCAUCACGAACGAUCCACAGGAAACCGCCGUUAUCAAGGCCUGCAAAAUCAUUGAGCAGGCAGUGGAUGAAGAUGACUUGAAGGCGGCCAGGCUACAAGAUCUAGCGAAGAGUGUUGGUUUGACGCCACGAUAUCUCCACAAGAUCUUCAAGGAUAAGACGAACUUGACACCAAAGGAAUACGCGAAGACGCAGAUCGUAAGAAAACACCAAGGAUCGAGUGAAGGGAGUCCUGCCACCCUGUCAGACAUUCCCUCAAUAACCGAUCCUUUCGAUCUGAGUGGGCUUGAUUUUGUCGAUCUGGACGAUCUGGAGUUAGAUCCUGCUAUGUAUCUGAAUAACUCGGUCAUGAACAGUGUAACCGAGCAGGCAUGGCCGUCUCCACAAAUGCAGGAACUCGAUGUGAACACACAAUUUUUGUAUUGGAAUGGUAUCUAUGAACCGGACAUCUUAGCUCCGGUAUCCUAUGACGCCUUCAAUAAGUCUGGCGUACAAAUGGAUGCGCUCCCCAUAAGUGCCCCGACAGCACUAAAUCUGGACGAUCCAUUCAUACCUACGAUGGCGACGAAAGCGAAUCAUGAUACGGCGUGGCUUGAAAGCCAGACGUUGCAGGUCGGACAAAUCCCGGAUUCGAUCGUGGAAACAAAUCCGACUCCAACUAGCUAGCACAGCAAACUUGAAUAGACUGAACCGUUGCUAUAUU